UAUAAAAAUAUAGGUUACACCGCCCUCAUAAAACCUUCUUCAGCGUCCUAAUUUCCCCGUGUGCUAGUGUGAUUGAGAGAGAAGCAAAAAGAAACUCGAAAGAUCCUCACUGCCCUCCGAUUCAACACAUGAAGUCUGAAUUCCAAUACCACGAGGAUUACAUAAAAAACUCGAGGGGUGUUGAGCUGUUUGCUUGUAGAUGGAUCCCAUCUUCUUCUCCCAAAGCUCUUGUUUUCCUCUGCCAUGGUUACGGAAUGGAGUGUAGCGACUCCAUGAGAGAAUGCGGAGUCAGACUGGCUUCAGCAGGAUACGCGGUUUUUGGUAUGGACUAUGAAGGUCAUGGUCGGUCCAUGGGAGCUCGUUGCUACAUCAAGAAGUUUGAAAACAUUGUAAAUGAUUGCUACGACUAUUACACCUCUAUUUGUGCGCAAGAGGAGUACAUGGAGAAAGGCAGAUUCUUGUAUGGAGAAUCCAUGGGAGGUGCAGUCACUUUAUUGCUUCACAAGAAAGAUCCUUCCUUUUGGAACGGCGCCAUUCUUGUCGCUCCUAUGUGCAAGAUAUCAGAGAAGGUGAAGCCACAUCCGGUGGUGAUCAAUCUGUUAACUAGAGUCGAAGAGAUGAUACCUAAAUGGAAAAUAGUUCCAACAAAGAACGUGAUUAAUGUUGCUUUCAAGGACCUUGCCAAGCGAGAAAAGGUAAAGAACAACAAGCUGAUAUAUCAAGACAAGCCUAGGCUCAAGACAGCACUUGAAAUGCUUAGGACAAGCAUGAACCUCGAAGACAGUCUCGAUGAGAUAACGAUGCCGUUUUUUGUGUUACACGGAGAAGCAGAUAUAGUGACGGAUCCAGAGAUAAGCAAAGCCUUGUACGAGAAAGCUAGCUCAAGAGACAAGACUCUCAAGUUGUAUCCUGGGAUGUGGCAUGCUCUGACGUCAGGUGAGCCUGACUACAAUGUGGAUCUUGUUUUUGCUGACAUCACCAAUUGGCUUGACCGUCGAACAGAUGACCCGGCAUCUCUCAGUGUCACU